UUCUGCUCGCUUGCCUUUAUUGUCUGGUCUUGAGAGCCCACUACAACUGGUCAGAAUCGGAAUUCUUCCCCAAUAUUUCGUGGCUUGUGGAUUUAUAACUUCGUGAUCAGUGUGACCUUCAUCAUGGCGAUGUGCAGGCUGGCUGUUACUGAAGCCUUGCCGGAUUCACUCGGAUGACAACCAUGUAAUAUUAAGCCAUUCAAAUUACCAUUCAAAGGAGCUCUUCAGAUGUGCAACAUCUUCAUCUAAACGGAAGCCACCACACACCAGCAGAAUUUUUAUGUUCACUCUCAUACAACGGAUGUACCUUUGGGAUAUCAUACUAAACCACAUCUAUCAUGAAUUAUAUAUAAAGGAUAUUACCAUGGCUAACGUUGUCUUCUGAAUACUAUCUUUAUGGCUGCUUGCAUCAGUCAUGCGGAAUAUUAUUGGCCACAACAUUUCCGCGUCUGAUCAUUUUUGCAAUUCACGAAUAUUUGAUUUUGAUGUAUUGGAAAAUUCCUUACUGUUUUUCAGCGAAAAACAUUUGCUGCUUUUACUUUCACGAAUCGUGGUUAUUCGUGAAAUAGGCGGAUAGCCGCAUAUUGUAAUUCUUCUGUCAUGAAAUCAUGCAAUGAAGUCAACAGCGUCAUUCCAGCAACAUCAAGGACAGACCAAGCGCAUUUCCAUAUAAAUGGUCGAUAAUUUGGGGGUUUCUAAUUGGUACAACGAAUUCGCCAUAGUUUAUUGCAACUGUUUCAACACAGACUCAGCGCGGUUGUAUAUGCAAACGUCUUCAGUGCUUCUUUCUCAUAUAUUUGUUUUCGUCAGUGGAUUAAUAACUGCAAACAAAUAGUCGAUUGUGUGUCUCCGUGCUGCCACUUGUGGACUCAAGCGAUAGUUUUACAUGUGCAUUUACGAAAGGAAUAUGCAUGAAAAGUAUCAUCACCUACUGUGAGUGCAAUACCUUUUCAAGUAUACAUGUACCACUGGGACCAUGAUAUAGUCUGGUCAUAUCAUUGCAGAAUCAUUUUCUAUUUGUCUCAGUGGAGUCUCCUACACGUAAAACCAGGAUUAUCAAGAUGUGAUUAUCGAGUCAUGUUCGAGUACCCGUGUAUCAUCAUUCCCUACAUCCUUCCAGUUACUGUUAUUAUUUUACCAUUACGGCAUAUUUGUAUCUUUACAUCCAAGAAACAUCGCGGAGGAGUCGUGUUGUAAUUGGCGAGAUACUAUCUCUGUACCGGUGAUGGAUGACUCUAGUUUGGUCUCAUCCAACGCGGAUCUCUGAUAUCUGGUGGUCAUAUAUAGCUUGUAUAUGUUUGUCAGGACUUGUUUAAUUCUCUUUUUCAAUGAAGAUGGGUCAGAUCCUUCGUCGGAUACAUGGAGAAACGCCAUAGAUGUAUACAUAUGCAUUCAAUAGAAAGGAGUGUUAGCGAGUAAGCAGGAUAAGUGUCUUCGUGCCUUUGCAGUGACAUUGCAGUUAUUUUCAUUGGACGCAUUUUCAAUUUACGUUUAACGAAACAGCCUUAUUUCCAAGUUCGUAUACGUAGUUAGAGGAUAUCGGUCAAACGGAGUCUAGUGUCGAUUUAGUUAAAGUUAGUCAGUGUACAUGUAGUGGUCAAUACUUAGUUCUAGUGUUCUGGAUUUCUUAGAGUUAACUGUGAGAUAUUGGUUGUGUACAUUACAAUAACACCUGAAACUGAUUUCGAAAUCACCAUCAUUGAUACUGUUAAAAGAUAAGCUAAAACUGCAUCACGGCUAUGACACAGAACACCACUGUAGUUAUGGAAUACAUGGUGUUAUUAUCCAUUUGGGCAGGCGUGUUUUACACCAAAUGUGCCAGUAGUCCAAAAUGGAGUUAGAUCAUUGUCUCGAAUCGCAGUAUACAAUAUUUUUGCUAAUUAUUCUGGAUGUUAGUUCAUUCUGGAUACAGUGAUUGUUAUAGGAAUAAUGAGAACACUUCAUUAGUUGUUGCAAACAAGACAAACGCCACGAUGUUUACCCCGAGUAUGUUCGGCGAUGAGUCUGAGGAAGACGAGGAGAUGCCCCCAAGUCUCAUAGGUACUGGUCAAUUUCAGGUCGCCGACAAGAAAAAGAAAGAUGCCGGCGAAGAUGUUAGUAUGGUUGGCGCCUUCCAGGAGACCCAGAUGCUUAAAUCUGAGGUCAUCCUCCAUGAAGCGUCAAGAAAAAAUAAUAUUGAAGUGGUCAAGAGACUUAUCGGAGCUAAGGUCAAUGUCAACUGCACAAACAAUCUUGACCGCACGCCGCUCCAGUGGGCUGCCGCAAAUGGACACAUAGAAGUAAUGCAACUUCUUCUACAACAUGGUGCUGAUAUAGAAGCUCAAGAUAAAUAUGGUAUGAGAGCGGUAUUAUGGGCCGCCUGGUUCGGUCACGAUGAAGGAGUCAAGUUCCUGGUGUCGUGUGGUGCAGAUCCCACCAGUGCAAAUAAGCAAGGACUGAAUCUCCUCCACUGCGCGGCGAACCAGAACCGGACAGAAACCAUGCAGUUCAUCCUAGAAAGCUUGGACAAUUUCUGUGUUAACGCAGCUGACAAACGGGGAAGGACAGCCUUACAUCUUGCGGCGAGUGAAGGUCACAUUGACUCUGUAAAUACGCUGAUAGAGAAAGGCUGCGAUGUUCAGGUUAAGGACAAGGCCGGUCAUUCUCCAUUACACCUUGCUGCGGGUAACGGACACACGGAGGUUGUGAGGAAGCUGUUACAUGUCGGCUUGGAGAUCGACGAAAGAGACGAGGAGGGUCGGACGGCGUUGCACAUGGCGGCUGAAAAUGGUCAUGCAGAGGUGGCUGACCAUCUGCUUAUGUCUAUGGCAGACCCUAAUUCCGAAACUCUGAAGGAGAUGACAGCCUUACACGUCGCUGCAACAAACGGCCAUGAACUUACAUCAAAACUUAUUAUCGAAUACGGAUGCAACAUCGACGCACAAAACUUCCAAGGCAAUACAGCGCUGCAUUUGGCAGCCCUUGGGAACUACGCAGGAAUAGUGCGGACACUUAUUCAGUCGGGUUGUGACCUUGACCUGCCGAAUACGCGACUUCAUACUGCUCUCCAUGCAGCGGUGGAGAAGGGAAAUGCGGAUGCGGUCGAGGAGCUACUUAUACAUGGUGCUAACAUUAACACGCAAGAAAAGUGCGGGCGGACGCCGCUCUACAUGGCUUCCAGAGGGAGUUACAUAGGCAUUGUGGACAUGAUCAUCAAAGCCGACCGGUUCAGGAAAGCUGAAAAGCUUGAAAGAAGUCGACCGAAUUCGAUGGAGAAGAAGCCCAUGGAAAACGGCUUGGAAAUGGGUGAUAUUCGGCCGGUGCUGGAAGCUACUGUGGAACCCAGUAAACUCUCGAUGAGCCCGGAGGAAUCGGCCGCGACUAGUGCCACCACUCCCGAAAAUACAAUAAGGGUCGAGGAGGUGUUAGGAGAAAAAGCCCCAUUACAAUUCAAAGUGCUAGUACAUCCAUAUUCUGAGACAAUGAAAAGUGUGUUAUACAGACUAGCAUCCAAGCAACUGAAGCCUGGCGAAUGGAGAAAACUUGCUCACCAUUGGAACUUUAGUGAAGAACACAUCAAGGCAAUACAGCACCAAUACACAGGUCUGUCAUCGCGAUGUUGUAUGCCAAACUUUGGAUACUCUGAUGGUGAGACAAGUCAUCGCGAGCAUGGCUACCGGAUGUUUCUCAUCUGGUUACACGGUAUCCGACCUGACGAGAAUCCCAUGAAACAGCUCUACCAAGGACUGUGUGUGAUUGGCCGGAGAAAUCUGGCAGAACAAAUUCGGAAGAAGGUAGAAGAAGAGGCUUCGGGGAAGACUUCAACCGGCUGCCAUGUCAGUUAAUCCUCAGUGUUAUCAAAUGAAAGUCACUCUUCCUGAGUUCGGGGGUUUUCAGUGUGACAUUCAGAUGUGAAGCAGAUGUGAAGAAUGAGAUGGCUCCUGCCAUCCCAUGUUAAGUCCAUGUAUGGGCGUUCGAGUCAGUUGUGCAUUGAUGGAAUAACUAACAAUGGAGAUAUACGCCUCUUCAGUUACAUAAGACAUUGCCGUGGGUUGACUUUUCUGAGUCGUAACUGGUGUGAAAGAGAUUGCGCUCCUUGGAAAAUUUGUCAUAGUCACGAAAUGCGUCUAUUGUGGACAUUUUGGUAGGGUAAGGUAGAUGCAAGGUUGAUACUUUGGGAGGAUAGCGACUUUGGAGUACUCAGAACACUGUUGUCAUAGAUGUGAAUGAAAUCAGCAAAUUGGACAUACAUCUGUCGACAUUGCACACAAAACUGAUAAUCUUUUAGUAUUGUGUUUUGAGCUGGAAUGACAUUGUGUCUGCACGUGCAUCAUAACAAACAUGUACAUGAAGUACUCCGAAGUGACGCUCCUCCGCUUCAAAUAACUACGAAGAAAAACUCUCCCCUGUCAGUCCAGCCAUUUGAAGUUCAAGUCGUUCUCGUUCUUGUAAACUCCCUUGUUUUAACCUAUCCUUAUGGUUGAUUAGAGAGUUGAAAAACGUAAUAUAGCGUGGUCGUCAUUGUAUAUAGUUGUUGCUAAACUGCGAACUUAUUUUUUCUUGUACAGAUUUUUCUCAAAGUAGACGUUGCAUUCUUACUGACCGUUAGAAGUCUGUUGCCUGUGCCUAUACGUGGUAUUAUCAAGUAUUUCGUGGCAAUGGUCGUUCGUCUUCGCUCAAGAGUUCAGGGCUGAGUUGUUCAAAACCACGUUGGCUUUAGCGGCGCCGGUAAGUCUCAACGUGAAAAUUGUAAAGGGUUCAACUGAAAGAGAUAACGUCCUUAAGGAUACUUAACGUAACUGUUAAGGAUAACGUGACUUUUGUGUGUUUGAACAACCGGGCCCUGGUCUUGUAAAUUUAAGUGUCGACUUUAAAAUAAGUGUAAAUAGCUGUCUUAGAGUGAUAUCGUCUUUUUACCGAUGCCAUGGGCAAGUUUUCUAUGCAAAUGAAUUCAUAUGUGGGUGAGCAGUUUAUUCUCAUAGAGUUGUGUUUUACUAUAUGCUAGCUUAGACCCAACAGGGACCUGAUGUGACGUAUCAAUAGACAUGUAUCAGAGACCUAACGAGUGAGAUGUACGGAAGCGAAUGCAUAUACCAUGUACAUGUAGUUAAUUGAUGAAGAUUCGGGAAGAAUUUCGCCCAAUUCCUCAUGAAAGCAAAGUAACGCCAACUUCCACUUCAUGAGACUACAGGAUCGGGAUUGUCAAUUUUACGUUUCAUUAGGUUUUAAUGGAAUAUAUUUCCGCAAAACAUCACUUAUGUCGGCUUUGAAAGUUUUGCCCCCUAAUCACUAAUUUUGCUUCUUUUUCCUUCAAUUAAAUAACACCUGUGGCAAUUUGAUAAUUAAUGUCGUGUUUUUGACUUCGCUCUUUAUUACUAUUGAUUGUUGUUAAAUAAUUUCAAGAAGUUAAUUUAUCUGUAAGUUGCAUAAAUCAAUUGUAUAAGGCAUAUUUUAAAAUCUGCAGGAUUCGCCAAACCUUCGUUGUGUCAAGACAAGAAUAUAACUGCCAUUACUUUCUAACUGCCAUUUUUUAUCAAAGUUAACCCGAUCUGUCUCUUUUUGCAUAACAAUAACCAAUAUGGUAUGUGGAUGUCCAGUGGUCGAGCGCUUAAAAACACGACCCAUCCUGUACAUGCAUAUGAAAAGUUAAUCCGAUGACGUGUGUACAUGUAGUACAUGUACAUGUACGCGGAGAGUGUCUUCAAUUUAUAUCAUUAGUGCAUUUUCGGUAGAGACGUCAUAAAUUUUAAGAUUCAAUUCAUUCCAGAUCGCAUCUUAUUGUUCUUGACUUAUAUACAUGUAAGCUUACCGUACCGAUUAAGCCGGCAGGAUAUAUCAUCAUCCCAGAAAUGAAGCGAAGAAAAGUUUUGUUAUUUCAGUAUUUAAAAUUAUCUUAUUGUAAAAUAUAUAUAUCGUAAGUUAUGUUGCUACUAUAGACAUUAUUGUUGAGCAUACACUCUUGGAAAUAAAGGUUUUUAAGCUUUUGAAAAAUCUUUCUAUGCGCCCCUUAUAUGAGAGGUGUUUGAUAAGAUAUUAAAAAAACUAAUGGUUUUUUAGUUCACUGAAAACUUCAUAUUCGUGUACGGCCGCAAGAUCAUUAAAAGUUUGUCGAAAGCUCAAAAACCUUUAUGGUUAGGAGGGUAUCUAAUGUAUAGAAGAAAAAAAGUUAUUUUCGUAUUUUAUACACUUCUUCAGACAUGCCAGCGUUAUGAUUGAGUAUGACCCUGGUGACAUCACGAGUGUCUAAUCGAACGGAGAAAAGAAUAAAUUUAAUUUCCGGUGA